AUGGGCAGCAUCUCUCCCUACAACCUUGAUCCCGCGCAGUACACGUUCCCCUCUCCUUUGAAGGGCUGGGAAAACCACGAGCCUCUGUCUGAAUCCAAAUCACAAGACGGACAUAGUUACGACAGUCCUGAAAAGACUGUCCUCAGCGAUGCCUAUGAGCACUUUGUAACGCCGGUCUCGAAUGGUGGCCGUCAUGAUUCUCAGCUACCUGGAUUCGAUGUCCAUGUUUAUUUCAAACCUAACGAUGAGUCCCAAGUGGGCUACGCAAAGGAGUUAUGGACUCGCAUUCGACUCGAAUUUCCGGAAUUAAGAGUAUAUCCUCUGCACACAACUCCGCAGGGCCCCCAUGCACCGGGCAUGUUCGAAGUGGCACUCUUUACGCCGCACCAGUUUGGAGCUUUUGUGAGCUGGUUGGUUGUGCAUCGUGGACCGCUCAGCGCACUUGUGCACCCUAACACGGACGAUGAGCUCCGUGAUCACUUACAUAUGACCAUGUGGCUGGGACCUGAAGUUCCGUUGGACAUGGGACGGUUUAGAUUGAGGCCGGUGUGUGAGACGAUGGAUAAGCGUGCUGGAACUGUGACCAAGAUUAUUGAUACGGGGAUCGAUGGGAAAACCGUGAAAGAGGUUCGACGCAUCGAGUAG